UCAGAGUUGCCAGUCAUUCUCCUGACAGCGAAAGUUACGGUGUAGCAAGUCCUGGAAAACAGCAAGGGUAUGAUCGGAGGUAACAUAUAGCUAGCUUUAAAAGAAUUCAUCAGCUUGACAGUGCCUUUCGCUGUAUUGACAGAAUGAAGGAAACUACAUCGAAACGGCGAGAGAAGCCCCGGGACUCUAAAGCCGAGAAGAAACCGGAGCCAGGCCCGGAGCCGCGGGAUGUGGAGAUGCCGGAGGAAGAAGCGGCCGCUGCUGGAAAGCCGCACAAGGAGCUUGACACGCUCACGCUGGAAGACAUCAAAGAGCAUGUGAAGCAGAUUGAGAAGGCUGUUUCCGGGAAGGAGCCCCGCUUUGUGCUGCGUGCCCUGCGGGCCCUGCCCUCCACCAGCCGCAGGCUCAACCCCAAUGUCCUGCACAAGGCCAUCUCUGGCUUCUACACCUCCAAUGCUGCUGGCAAAGAGUUUCUGCUGAGUUUUCUGGAGGAGCCCAUGGACACGGAGGGAGAUGUCCAAUUCCGGCCCAGGACUGGCAAGGCAGCUGCCGCUCCUCUGCUUCCUGAGGUGGAGGCCUACCUACAGCUUCUCCUGGUGGUUUACCUCACAAACAAUAAGCGCUACACGGAGGCCCAGAAGGUGUCUGAUAACCUCCUACAGAAGAUCAGCUCUCAGAACCGCCGGGCCCUGGACCUGGUGGCAGCCAAGUGCUACUACUACCACUCCCGCGUCUAUGAGUUCCUCAACCAGCUGGAUGCGGUGCGCAGUUUCCUUCACGCCCGCCUUCGUACUGCCACCCUGCGGCAUGAUGCAGAUGGCCAGGCCACGCUGCUCAACCUGCUGCUGCGUAACUACCUGCAGUACAACUUGUACGACCAGGCCGAGAAGCUGGUGUCCAAGUCUAUCUUCCCAGAGCAGUCCAACAACAAUGAGUGGGCCCGCUACCUCUACUACACAGGUCGCAUCAAGGCCAUCCAGCUGGAGUACUCAGAGGCCAGGCGAACUCUCACCAAUGCCUUGAGGAAAGCCCCCCAGCACACUGCCGUGGGAUUCAAACAGACGGUGCACAAGCUCCUGAUCGUGGUGGAGCUGCUGCUUGGAGAGAUCCCGGACCGGCUGCAAUUCCGCCAGCCCUCCCUCAAGAGGUCCCUCAUGCCCUACUUCCUGCUGACCCAGGCUGUGCGGACAGGCAACCUAGCCAAGUUCAACCAGGCCCUGGACCAGUUUGGGGAGAAGUUCCAGACUGACGGCACCUACACCCUCAUCAUCCGCCUGAGGCACAACGUCAUCAAAACUGGCGUACGCAUGAUCAGCCUGUCCUACUCACGCAUCUCGCUGGCCGAUAUUGCCCAGAAACUGCAGCUGGACAGCCCUGAGGAUGCUGAGUUCAUAGUGGCCAAGGCAAUCCGAGAUGGGGUCAUUGAAGCCAGCAUCAACCACGAGAAGGGCUACGUCCAGUCCAAAGAGACCAUGGACAUCUAUGGCACCCGGGAGCCACAGCUGGCCUUCCACCAGAGAAUCUCCUUCUGCCUGGACAUUCACAACAUGUCCGUCAAGGCAAUGAGAUUUCCACCUAAAUCAUACAACAAGGACCUGGAGUCUGCAGAGCGUCGGGAGAGAGAGCAACAAGACCUGGAGUUUGCUAAGGAGAUGGCUGAGGAUGACGAUGAUAGUUUCCCAUGAUCCUUUGAAAGGAGCAAUAGCAUGGACACGUUCUCUUUCCUUUAAGUCACACGACUGGGUUUCAUCUUUCUGUUUCUACCACUUUCUGGUUGCCAGAGCAGUUUGGUCCAUCAUUGUCAUCUUGGAAUGUGUGUCAACUGCUACUCUCAGUCUAAUUUAAAAUGUCAGUUAGCAAUUAAAAGCAAAGGGAAUAGGAAUGGUUUGUUAUGAAAUGUUUCUAAAGUGUAAACCCAUGACAAACUGAGAUCCUAUGUUUGAGGAGUUACAGGAUAUUCAAUAUAUAUUUAUUACAGUAGCCAAAUUAUGACUUGUAGUGAAGUUCAUUCAGUGAAACUUUGUUAGUGCUUGACUUAGGGAUUGCAUUGUCAGAUCAAGUUAUUUUAUGACAACAGUUUAGGUAGAUUAUAUAGCCAUUUUCAUUGCUGCCUUGAAACUUGAGCCCAUAGAAAGAAAGAUGCCAAACAGUUUGUAUUGUCCCUCUCAAACUCAUUUACUUAAUUGCUACUCCUCUUUACGAAGUCUUGAGUUGCCAAAGACAUUUGAUUGUUUGGUCAUUAAUCUGACAAGCAAUUCAGUGUGUGCUGAUGCCUGUUUAUUUAUCCACUCAUAACCACUCACCACUAAGUGAGGGCCUUCUGUCAGCUGUUGUGUUUUACAGAGGGAAGGGUGGUGGUGACUAGAUUGCUUUAUCAUUGUAUCCCUCAAAAAUGUUGAGAUUAUGUCUCUCUAUACCUAUCAUAAAUGAAUGGCAGAUUACUGUAACACUUCACACAUACACUGUUAUUAAAACAUUUUCUAUACCUUA